AUGGUCAAGGUUCACUUUCUUGGGCUGUCUUUCCUCAUAGGAAUUGCAGCGGCUGCAGUAUCUACAGACAACAGCUGCGGAGGCACCAAAGCUUUAACAUGUCCCGGUUCACUAUGCUGUAGCCAAUAUAAUUGGUGUGGUGUGAGUGAUGCACACUGCGGAGCAGGUUGUCAGACCAAGUUUGGGAGAUGUACCACCACCCCGGCUGGUUCGGGCAAGAUCACGCCUGAUGGAACCUGCGGAGGCAUCAACAAGUAUACCUGUACGGGCGGCACUUUCGGCAAUUGCUGCAGCAAAUGGGGAUACUGCGGUAGUACGGAUGGGCACUGUCUUAACGAUUGUCAAUCCAGUUUCGGCGAUUGCAGCUCCAUCACCGUAGGGGGGAAAGAUGUGAGUCAGGAUGGAGCAUGUGGCGGCACCAACGGCCGUACAUGCCAAGGAAGCACCUUUGGUGACUGCUGCAGUAAAUGGGGAUACUGUGGCUCGAGCAACGAUCAUUGCGGCACCGACUGUCAAACCUCGUUUGGAAAAUGUAAUGGUUCAGGUGGAGGCGGCACCGCGGCCACUUCCGCAGCACCGAAUCCUCCAUCUACCAGCGGCAAAGCGAGCCCGGACGGUAGCUGUGGCGGCACCAAUGGUUACAAGUGUCCUACUGGCCAGUGUUGUUCGAGGAGAGGCUGGUGUGGCACCACGAGCGACUUUUGCGGCUUCGGUUGCCAAUCUGCUUUCUCUGCUGCAACUUGCACGGCUUGCCCUGGAGAAAAAUGCGCUGGUACGAUCACAGGCAACCCGAUAUGCUCUGCCAACAACAACUACUGCUGGACACUCAGCUCCAAGAAGUUUCAAAUCACUUGUGGCAGGCUGGCCACAGGAGAUUACAUUGGUUACGCUGAUGUUAAGAAUUUUGGUGAAUGCAUCUCCAAAUGUGCCGCCAACUCGGCUUGUGUUGCUGCUUCGUUCUACCAGGGCGCAAGCACAACAUGCAGUCUGCUCAGUUCAUACCAAGGUCCUGCUGAUGGCAACUCGGCUGGCGGUUCACAAAACCACGCCUAUGUCCGUGGCCCCACCUGUGGAUAG